UAGCAGUAAAAUAUCGAUACUAUCGAUAGUGCCCUCGAUGGUUUGACACCUCUAAUGUUUUGUUUUUAGCAAAAGAUGCUUUCCAAAUAAAGAGGAUUAAUAAACCACCUUUAUUUUUCUAUCUUUCCAAAAGAAAUGCUGACUCCAGGAGACAGCCAGGAGCCCGGGAACAGUGCCGCCAGCGACUUGGUGUUUUGCACUGUUUGCUCUGCUCCCUUCCCGAAUUUAACAGACUGCCUGGCCCACGAGCUGCAAACGCACAAGAACACAAAAAAGCCGCAAAAGAAAAUUCGCCAAAAAAUAAACGCGCUAACCAAGCAAUUCACCAGCGAACAAAACCAAACUGAGCGCAGCAAGCUGCGGGAGGAUCUGGACAGGACAAUUGACGGGCAGUACCUGGCGACAAUAUUGGACCGUUAUGGGGCUGACUUGAGACGACUCGAUUGUUGCUUCGCCGUUGUACGCGACUCCUUGGAGAAGGAGAAGGCUCUAAAAUUGAAAGUGUUCGCCUUUGGUUCACUGGUCACGGGAUUGGCUCUAGAGGACAGCGACAUUGACUUGUAUCUAGAGUCGACAGAUGAUCAGUCCGGUGGCCCGAAGCGGCUCUUCAACAAAGUCCUGAAACUGCUGCACCGCUCGGUAUGCUUUACCGAUAUCACAAACAUUCGGCAUGCCCGGGUGCCCAUUAUUCGCUGCAAGCAUCAAUUGACAGGCCUCAACAUAGACAUCAACAUGUCCAAUCCGAGCAGCACAUACAAUUCUCAGUUCAUACGCGAUCUGAUGCUACACGAUCCUAAAUUGCGCCGUCUCGCUCUGUUCCUGAAAAUCUGGGGAAAGAAGGUGAACGUCAUUCGAAUGGGCGGCAUGAAUAGCUACUGUCUGCUCAGCGUGCUCCUCGUUAACCUGCAAGUGCGCCACUUGCUGCCGUCCAUCAGGGAGCUGCAGUCUCGCUCGGCACCCAUCAAUGUGAACGGAGUCAACUUCGCGUACAGCCUUGAACGGGUGCCGCCACUACCUGCCCAUAUGUCCAUGCUCCAGUUCAUCGGAGACUUCUUCUCUUUCUGUACAAGCAUAGACUUCGAGACGACCCUUUUGUCACCGUUUCUGGGCCGCGCCGUGAACAAGGUGGCCACGUUGGGCACACCGGGCGGAUUUUCGGAGUACGAGGAGCAAUUGAUUGCCAUUCAGGAAGAGGUCGGCGAAGUGCCCGAUAAAUUUCACUUGGAUCGUAGUGUUUGCGUGCAGGAUCCCUUCGAGCUGCAGCGCAAUGUGGCAAGAAACAUAUCCCAAACAGAUUUCCUGUACAUAAAGCAAUGCCUGAUGAUGGCCGCGCAGGCAUUUAAGAACCGAGAGCUACUGGCUGAGCCGAAGAAACUCUACGAGUACCUGCUAUUCGGCCUUGGCGAUAAAAUGGUGGUGGAGAAGACGACAUUGAAUCGGCCAACGCCUGCCAAGAAGGCCAAGGGGAAUGCAGUGGCAACAGAACAGUCGAUAGAACCGGAACCGAAUCCGACUGAACAGCAGCCAGAAGCGACUCAGACAGGAGACGUCAGCGAUCUAUCGAUGGAUCAUAAGCUCGGUUUGGAUGUUUUGACGUGCCUGCCGGAAACAAAGCGCACGCAUUCGAUCCUUGCCAGCAAGAACGAUCUCAAGAGCCUGCGCCCUGUGCUGCUAAGCCGAAACGUUGAGACCAACCAAACAAUUUAUUACUACUGGCUGCUCUGCUAUGUGGAUACCAUAAAAAAUGUCCUCACGGAGAUCUUUGCCCUUGACCUGGAGCUGGAGGAAUCGAAGGAGCCCUGCUAUCACAAAUGGCUGAUCAGGAGCACGGUGGACACCUGGACAGGUCGCCACCUGCCGCCGUGGCAGCCUGGCCAGUACUUCGAUAUGCACAAGCAGCAGACUGACGAGAUGCUAAAGACGCGAAGCGGCAAUGCCCAGCCAUCGGUUAAUUUAAUGGGCUACUUCUCCGUGCGAGCCAGCGAGGACUACAAGAGCCUCGAACUGGUGGUGGAAGCGUGCCCGGGGCACUUGAAUGAAAUGCAGCGCCUGGGCUCGAUCACGAAACUCUUCAAGGCGCUCAAGGAUCUGCUGUCGAAGUACACGUUCCAGGAAAAGCUGCGCAAAUGGGACAUCUGCAGUGCGGUAUCAGUGGCCGAAUGAGACACAAGCACGAAAAUGAUACAAUUUACCUCGAAUAUACUCUGAUAUGUGUAUGCAU